GGACCUGCACGUCCACAUCGAUCAGACCAGCGCUGCCAUGGCCGACAGCCAGAGCUGCCGCGUGUACGCCGGCAGCCUCGACUGGAAGAUCUCCAGCCAGGAGCUGCAGAGCCACAUGGCGUCGGCCGGCCACGUGGUCCGCGCAGAAGUCUUCGAGCAGGUCGCCGAGAACGCCAUCGCCACCCUCCACGACUCCAACUUCGGCGCGCGCCCCAUCUCUGUCAGGGAGGACUUCAAAGAUGUCUUCAAGGAGAGCGGGCGGGUGAUCCGCGUCGACAUCGCGGAGGGCCCGGACGGGAGGUCGAAAGGUUACGCCACGGCUCUGUACGAGAUUGAGGACGAGGCGCAGGGCGCGAUCGACAGCCUAAACGGGAUUGAUUUCCAGGGCCGCAGCCUGAUGGUCCGAAUGGAGACCUUCGGUGGAGGUCGACGUGGCCUAGGAUGGCUUCGCACGCAGGAGUAG